CUAUCCAAUCAGAGGUUACCUUACCUUGUUGUCGUACGUUACGUGUAUAGACAGCGGAAGUGAAUAAUCGAGAGGAAAGGUAUCUGCUGCAAAUCAACACAAUAAGAUGGAGGUGGAGCAGCUCCUGUCCCUGUCAGGCUCAGCACUCGCCCAGGCUGUCAGCUCUCUGCUGGAGACCCCAGGCCUCUAUGUCUUCUCUGACAUCCUGGAGUUGCCUAAUGUCAGAGAGCUGGAGAAUGGCCCUCAUGCAUCAGUGUACCAGCUCCUGAAGCUCUUUGCCUAUGGAACCUACUGCGACUACAAAGAGAGAGCAGCCUCUCUUCCAGAGUUGACCCCCGCACAGAGAAACAAACUCCGCCAUCUGUCAAUCAUCAGCUUGGCUUCUAACCUCAAGUGCCUGCCGUACUCAUUGCUCCUGCAGCAGCUGGAGCUGAAGAAUGUGCGGGAGCUUGAGGACCUGCUGAUCGAGGCAAUUUACUGUGACAUAAUCCAGGGCAAACUGGACCAGCGGAACCAGCAGGUGGAGGUGGACUGCAGUGUGGGUCGUGACCUCGGCCCCAACGAGCUCCCAAACAUAGUCAACACGCUGCAGGAGUGGUGUACAGGAUGCGAGGCGGUGCUGUGUAGCAUUGAGGAGCAGGUCUCGAGGGCGAACCAGUACAGAGAGAGCCAGCUAAAGGUCAAAGUCCAAGUGGAAACAGAGGUUUCAAACCUACAGAAAACAUUAAAGGCCAGCGCCGCCUCUCCAUCGUCAGGCCCUGCCCCAGCUGGAGCCACGUCCAAUCAGGAUGCCGACCAGCCAGCUGAGCCACGAGACCCCGCAUCUUCUCAGGAAUCACGUCAACCAGGCAAAAAAAGUUCAAAGGUGAAAGGGCUGCGCGGCAGUGGGAAGAUCUGGUCCAAGUCCAACUGAAGAUGAGAGACAGCAUCAUUGAUGGACACUCUCACCAUUAAACGGACACAUGGACAUGUUGAUAAAUGGAUAUAUUAAACAAUGUGACCAGUGCUCAUGGACACCCUCAUCACAUACAUUGGAAAACAAAGCUUCAUGAGAACUUUUCUUCUCACCCAAUCUCACCUGGAUGGAUUCAGAAACACACAGUGGCUGAUGGAUAUGACAGGUGUGACAACCACUCUAGCAGGUUUUAAUAGCCUAACAGGAUGACUGUCAGUGUAAGUGCAUACACUCACGCGCGCGGCACUUGUAACAGUCUAGAGCAGGAAUCAUUUGCCUUUGACCAGAAACAGGAUCAGUGUAUUUGGUGCAUAUGUGUGUGUAUCUCUGUUCAUUUAAAAAAUGUUCUUUUGGUUCAGGUUAACUCUUUUGCUUUGCCGUUUGUUUGUCCCUCCUGAGAUGAGGCAUGU